ACAUAUUAUCCGGAUGGCCAAAACAAACAUUACGAUUAACAAGCAACUGUAGAAUCGAGGCACCUGACAAAUCUAGUUCCAUUUCUACAUGCAAAUCACGUAAUCACAGUGAAUUUGUUUUUCCCAUCUUGUUCUUGGGUGAAACCAAGAUAUGCAGCAAGAUUUCAGCAAAUCAACGUACACGCAGAUCAUAUUAGCCUCUUCACUCGGCUUGAUCAUCGCAGCAGCAAUGCAUUAUCGUCUUAAAAGGAUCAAAGAUUCUAGGAUCGUCCCUCGGAUAAGAGUUUCAGACACCGGCCAACCCGUGAGGCUUGAAAGGUUCUCACACUACGUAGCUAGGCAAAUGGGGUUCGCGGACAAAAGAGAUUGUCCACAUUUGUGCAAGUUAGCUUCUGACUACAUCAAAAAAACGGAUGGGGUGGAGGAGAAUAUUUAUGCAUUCUUUUCUCAUGAUCCGGAAGUUGAUUCCUUGUUUAUAAAGCUUGUGGAGGAAUUUGAAAGAUGCAUCCUUAGUUACUUUGCGUUCCACUGGAGGCAUGCUCACACUAUGAUCAGUCAGGUGUUAGGUUCUGGUUCAGGGCCUAAGAAGAAGUUUAAGCACAUCGUCAUGGCUGCUACGAGGGAGCAAAGAUUUGAGAGGGUCUUAAAGAAUCUUAAAGUGGCAAGAGUGUUUAACACAUUGGUGGAGGAAAUGAAAGCAAUUGGACUUGCAGCUAAUGACGAUUCAACGUGUACAGAUGUAAUGGUCCCGAUGGCACAUAAAGACAGAAGCCCUGUCCUCCUCUUCAUGGGUGGUGGAAUGGGAGCUGGGAAGAGUACUGUACUAAAGGACAUUUUACAAGAACCAUUCUGGGCAGGAGCAGCAGGGAAUGCUGUUGUAAUAGAGGCAGAUGCAUUUAAGGAGUCUGAUGUGAUUUACAGAGCUCUGAGCUCAAGGGGCCAUCACGACAUGCUUCAAACAGCUGAACUGGUACACCAAUCAUCCACAGAUGCUGCAUCAUCCCUCCUAGUUACAGCACUGAAUGAAGGGCGGGAUGUAAUCAUGGAUGGCACUCUCUCCUGGGUCCCCUUUGUUGUCCAGACAAUAACAAUGGCCAGGAAUGUUCAUAGGCGCCGUUAUAGAAUGGGAGUUGGUUACAAAGUCGAAGAUGGAAAUGUAAUUGAAAAUUACUGGGAACAUUGUGAUGAGGAACUAGAACCAGAUGGGACUAAGAAGAGAAGGCCAUACAGAAUAGAGUUGGUUGGAGUGGUUUGUGAUGCUUAUAUGGCUGUUGUUAGAGGCAUACGGAGAGCUAUCAUGUGUAGACGAGCGGUAAGGGUAAGAUCACAGUUAACCUCACAUAAGAGAUUUGCAAACGCAUUUUCAACAUACUGCAACCUAGUAGACAAUGCGAGAUUAUACUGCACCAAUGCCUUGGAAGGUCCCCCUAAGUUGAUAGGAUGGAAGGACAAAGAAAGGAAUCUGCUGGUUGAUCCAGAGGAGAUACAUUGUUUAAAAUCAAUAGGAUUGCUGAACGAAGCAGCCGACUCGGUGCACGAGCUCUAUAAGCCUGGUCAUGAAAUGCAAGUAGGUGCUGUUUGGAAUGACAUUGUCCUCUCACCCUCAAGGAUGCUCAUCCAGCAAGAGCUCAAGUUCCAUAUUCAGCAAGUGGAGAACAUGGCUGCACAGGAGACUUGACCACUUUUAAGAACACUCAAUUUUCUCUUCAUUUUCUCUUUUGAUUUUCAUAAACACUGUUUUUCACACCAGAGUACUAGUACUUUUUCCCCCAAAAAUUCAGCAUUAUAUUAUGUAUUCUUCAGUUUAGACUA